CCAACUCUGUUCUUGGUGACCGUUUGAACGCUCCAAAGUUCUUCCAACAUCUUCGCGUCCUUUGGCAUCGCUGGUAGCUUGGUUCUCACUGGCUUGGUUUCGCCUCUUGCUAGUAGCCACAUAGCACAGAAGCUACGGGGAGACCUUCGGACUAGCGUUGGGCGGGCAAAUGGGGUUCUUUGCGUUUGCCCAGCUGGACGAGGUUUAUCACCGCGUAAAGGCAAACGCUCUUCGUAACGGCGUUCCUGGUGCAUCUACCGUGCUCAUCUUUGUCAGUCCCGACGCUGACGCUUUGUGUGCACUAAGAAUAUUGGUGAAUCUCCUAAAAUCCGACUGUAUAGCGCAUAAGGUGGUGCCCGUCGCGGGGUACACGGAUCUCAGUGAAGCCAAUGAAGAUCACGUGGAAGCUAAUGAGGAGUUGCGAAGCAUCAUAAUGCUAAACUGUGGAGGAUUGGUCGACCUGACGGAGAUGUUCAGCUUAUCAGAGGAGAUGACUGUGUACGUCUGCGAUUCGCAUCGACCGUUGAGCUUGCAAGGCUUGUUCGGACAUGACCAGAUCAUGUUUUUGGACGAUGGUGAUGUCGAUCAGAUGUCCGAUUUACGGGAAGCUGUAGAGGAGCUCGAGUUCGCAGAAACAGAUAGUGAAGCGGACGAGAACGCGGAGGAAGAAGGAUCUGACAGUGAAGCAAGUGCCAGUGAAGGCGAGAAUGAAGAUCCAACAGAGGAGGAUGAAGUUGGGGAAGUGGAUGAGAAGGACGACGAACAUCGGAAGCCAGGAAAGCGAAAAAAGCCUCCAGCGGAUGAAGCAAUGGAAAUCAUAUCCCCACCAACAAAGAAAGUUCGUGCAUCAGAGCGAAGAAGGCGACGAAAGCAGCAACAGCGGCUAAUAGCAGAAUACUACGCGGAAGGGGCAUACUAUGGGAUGUCAGUUGCAGGAAUAAUAUAUACAAUGGCUUCUCAGCUAGGGCGGGCAUCAAACGACUUUGUUUGGUUGUCCAUCAUUGGUUUAAGUGAUCAGUACCUGCACGAUCGAAUUGAUCAACGUCGUUAUUUAUCACAAGUUGAAACGUACAAGGACGAGGUUGCGCGUUUUAAUAUCCGCCAUGGCGGCGGGGACGAGAAUGACGAUAUAGACUCCCUCUUUGGUGAAUCUGCGACAAAGUCAGGACCGGGAUCUGCCAUUAUCCGGAACGCGGACGACCACGCAAUACGCUGUGAUGAUGAGUUUCGGCUGAUGCUAUUGCGACAUUGGACCUUGUAUGAGUCUAUGUACCACUCUAGCUAUGUGGCUACUAAGCUUGGGAUUUGGAAGGAACGUGGGCGCCAAAGGCUGACAAACUUGCUCGUAAAGAUGGGCUUGCCUCAUAAAGAGUCACAGCAACGAUUUACCGAAAUGAACAUAACGUUUAAGCGAUCCAUACGGGAUAAGCUGUCGUCAGUAGCUCCCCGGUAUAAUAUGUCCGAGAUUAUCUUUCCUUCGUUCUGCAAAAGUUUUGGGUACAAGGGUGUUGUAUCUGCUCCCGAUACGGUAUACGCCCUUACAGCUCUUCUAGAUUGGGGGGCGGAAUGGAUUACCCGGCAUAGUGCCAUUGCUUACAGCGAAGGCAUGAGACCAGUGUCUUCAAGGCUUGGACGCCCGGGCGGUGGCAGGGACGAAACCUCGGAACUUGGAACUGGCGGACUUGCAGGAGUAGGUGUAGGAACGCGAACAGGGAUGGCCGCGGUCGCAAUGAGAACUGGUGAUUCAAUACAUGACGACGGAAAUAAAAGUGAUGAAGAUGAUGAAGACCUUGCGGAGGAGGAACAAGAGAGAAGAAAAAAAGAGAAGCAAAGAGCAUGGGUCCGCAACUUUUAUGUCGCGUACGAUGCUCUUGACAGCUUUGACAUCCUUCAGCAAGGCAUCCAGCUUUCCAUGAAUUUCCAAAGGAUCCUGGUUCGCACCGGCGUGUCUGUUUUGGAGAAGAAGCUCACACAAACGCUACGGACUUUUCAAUUGGCUGUGCUAACUGGGGAAGGAUUAGGCAGUGCCAUUGAUGGUAGCGGCGCUCUCACCGAUGAGAACGACUUUUCCCUAUUUGGCCGCAGUCCGGCACAUUUGGGACGGCUUGCCAAAUUUUUAAUGGAUGCAUUUCGGGAAUAUCGUCAGAAGGAUCUUCCAUUGGUUAUAGCCGCUUUCAAUACCGUUGCGGAUGCCUACCUUGUCAUUGGUUUUACGGGAUCGACAAAAGGCGGGGUCGUGCGUAAGAACACCUUUGGUCCGGCAUUUCAAAGGGCAGCGCAGCGUACGAACGCCCGCAUUCGGCAUGACAGUUUUGAAACAUCAGUCAUGGAAGUACGAAAAGAAGAUUUGACAGACUUUUUGGAGAGCUUGCAACUGUUCAUGCAGUGAAGAGUUUGCCGCUUCUCGGAUGUAGGCGUGAAUGUAUAGUAGCGGGGUGGACUUUUUUUUGUAAAUACUGUUAUCUUCUUAAAGAGCGGAAUGGCGCUUAAAUAGAUUAAUGGGAUAUAUAUAAAUGGCUACUAAGGACCGGAUAUUCC